UAUUAGUAUUAACCAUAUUAAUUCAUUACUUAAGUUUUUUCCUGAUUAUCAAACCAAUGUCAACAUACUUUAGUUUUGCCAUAACUGGAAACCCAUUAACUUUUUACAUGCUCAUUUCUCUUUCUAAUUUCAAACCACUUUUUGUUUUCCUUAAUUGAUUAACUACAAAGUACUGGAGCCUAUUGGAAUACAUUAACAGUCAUUGUCUUGCAUGCAACUAACCUUUUCACUUUCUGUUGCAUAUGUGUUAUAUUCGAUUCUUCAUUAAUUGUAAGUGUUUCCUUAACGGACACUUUUUCACGUACGUCUAUACAAACGGACGAUAGUUUUGACAAUUAGAUGUUAAGAAAAACUGACAAGAUUUCAAAAAAAAACUGACAAGAUUUUGACUUUUGAUUAAAGGCGAAAAGAAGCAGACAUCCCUAACAAAUAUUAAAUAAUUAUUACUAAUGUAAUAUUCUAAACGAAACUUUCAUUUUAAUAGAACAGAGCAGUAAGUAUUUUAUACAAGUAAGCAAAAAUAUAAACUAAUAAAUAAACUGUAUAUAAUUUUGAAAUAAAUGGUUAAAAGGUGAUAACAUUAUAAAAAAUAAAAUAAAAUUUAUCAUAAUUUUAAAUAUUAUAAACAAAAUAUAUGAUAAGGCCCAUUAUUUUUCAAUUUAUUGGUCAAAAUUGAUUAUCUAUUUUCUAUUAUUUUAAUCAGUAUGAUUAUUUAAUAACGAUAAAUAUAAUUUCAAACUAAAUUAUAAAAUAUACAAAAUUUCUCUAAUAAUUUAUCAAAUACAUUAUAGUAGUUUUAAAUUUGAUUUUUAAAUAUGUUAAGAUAUAAGCGAUGAUAGCUAUAGAUGAUACGAUCACUAUUGUUUUAUUUAUAUUUAGUAUAGUUUUACUUAAUAUUAUAAUGACAAAAUUAUUGUUAAAAUCGUUAUAUAAUAUAUCAAAACUGUUCACAAAUUCUAAAUUGACUUUGAAUAUCAAAAUAACGAUCUUGUAUGAUUUAUUAUUUUUAGAGAUCAAGACAUUUAAAGUUAAAUAUAAUAUUUAUAACACAUCAACGGAUUUGACACACGUAAUUCUCAUGUUAUAUGAUAAUUUUUUUUUCUUUGAGCAAGUUAUAUGAUAAAUUAUAGUAGCUGAAUUUGGUAUAUAUAUAUAUUAUAUAUAUAUUUCAGUUUAAUAUUUUUAAUACGUUAAUCAAUUGAUUUCUUCAUUUGGUAAAUACAAUUUUGUUUUAUAAAUCAGAACUGUGAUGACAAUCAGGCAAUUGAUUUGUAAAUAUGAAAUUAUAAGAGCACCCACAAUGAUGAGAUACUCAUUAUCAUGAAUAUCCCUAAUGAGUACAAUAUUAAGAGAAUUAGUUUCAUUCUAAUAAAAAUUAAAUUUUAGACAAAAACUAAGACUAAUCAAUUAUGAAAAUGGUAAGCAAGUUCUAACAAAAUUUUGUAGAGUCUCUAGCUAAAGAAUCAGUCUCUUUUUCUCUCUCUUCUUAUUAUUUUUUCAAUAUUUUAAUAUCUCAGUGGAAAAAUCUUAUAGCAGAUGCCCUAAGACUUUUGGUAUGGUACGAGUCAACCUGAGAGUAUCACCACGACUGCUUCUUCCACCAGAUAUCAUGAAGCGCUUUAGAGUCAUGGUUUCAAAAUUCCUCAUUUGUAUUUCGUAAUUCUAAUUUGUCAAGUUUCACUCAACAAAAGAAAAUAGUUUAUCGCUUUCAUAGUUUAAGAUAAUGUAGUUUGGACAGAGAAUUUAAUUUAAAUUACAUCACAUCUAUACUAUAGAUUAACUUUAAUGUCAUAAUAUUUUUUUUUUCAUUUGCAUUGAAAAUAAAAUAUUAUAGUAUUUUUCAUUUAUAGUACAAAUCCAAACAAAGAUGUAAAAAAUCUAUUAGAAAAUCAAGACUAAAUAAGAAGAAAAACAAUCACAUAUAUUUAAUAGAACAAAAAAGUAUAUAUUGGUAAAUAGCAUUAAUUUUUGCUUCUUUAGUCUAGAUUUUAUACAUAAAUUAGCACACGGUAUUUCCGCACAAUGUUAAUUUGUUUUAUCUAUAUUUUCUUAAUUUUUCUUAUGUAAUCAUUAUAAUUGUUUAAAAAUAUAUAAGUUCCUUUGUCUUAUUUAUUAUUAUAUUUUUUUUUCUGCAAUAAACUUACAUAUGAACCAUACAAGACUGCCAAGUGUUGUAUUUGCGUGACUACUUUGUGCCUUUAAAUAUUGAGCUUUCUGCAGCCUAAGUUUAUACAGACUUGAGAAACACAAAAAAUAGAUAUACAAAGACUAGCAAAAUGGCUUUUGCCCAAUCUUUCGACAACCAAAGCUCUGAUUUAAGAAUCAAUGUUAUGGUCGUGGACGAUGAUCCUGUUUUCCUAGGAGUUGUGUCACGCAUGCUCGAAAAAUUCAAAUAUAGAGAUCCGUCGUUUAAGGAGAUCUCGGUUAUAGCUGUAAAAGACCCGAUCGAAGCAUUGUCUACUCUUAAAACCCAAAGACACAAUAUCGAUCUUAUAGUCACAGAUUAUUACAUGCCUCACAUGAACGGUCUACAACUCAAAAAGCAAAUCACUCGAGAAUUUGGCAAUAUACCGGUUAUAGUUAUGUCAUCGGACAGCAACAUAGAACAUGAGAGUUUGGCUUGUGGAGCGAAGUGUUUUCUUCCAAAACCCAUCAGACCAACUGACAUACCCCAGAUCUACCAGGUUGCUUUAACUUAUAAGAGGAAUGAUAAGUCCAUAUUAUGGACCGAGCACAACUACAGGGACACAGAUGUUAGCAUCCCUCAGCAAAUCCAGUUACAUACUGAACAAGCUAAUGUCUUGAAGACCAAUAAUAAGAGGUUCUCGCCUAUAUCGGAUUCAAGACCCGUGAACAGUUCAAAUGGAAGUUAUGUUAGUACAGACGGUUCAGGAGAAAACCGAAAAAGAAAAUCAAACGGUGGUUCUGGUGAUGAUUCGCGGCCCUUGAAGAAGCCUAAGAUAAAGUGGACCGACUGUCUUCAUGACCUUUUCCUACAAGCUAUCCGAUAUAUCGGUCUUGACAAGGCUGUGCCAAAGAAAAUCUUAGAGUACAUGAACCUACCGUACUUGACAAGAGAGAACAUAGCCAGCCAUUUACAGAAAUAUCGAAUAUUCUUAAGGAAAGUUGCUGAACAAGGUUUUUCAUGUUCGAGAAUGUUGCCGACUAAAGGCAUAGACUCGAUAUUUCUGCAGGCUCACCUCAGAGAUCCGUGCUACAACAACUACGCAUCAUCAUCUUCUUCUUUGUACGACACAACUAUUAACAAUAGAUCAUUCUAUUCCAAACCCAUACAAAGUUAUGGACAGUCUAGACUCUUGUCCAACACAGCUGAGCCCGUCCGCUUCAACCAGAUGCCUUACAACUACAUGAACCGGUCAUCCACCUAUGAGCCGCGAGGUAUUGGAUCAAACUUAACCAUUCCCACCAUAAGCAACCUCAGUUUCCCAAUCCAACCAUCUCAAAACGAAGGAAGAAGAAGCCUUUUCGAACCAACCGUGAUGGCGAACAAAACUGUCCAAACAUCUCAAGCUAUGGGGUUUGGACAACAUGGACUGUCGGCUAUUAAUGGUAAUAGUUUCAACAAUAACAUGGUGAGCAGCUAUGGAAGAUUGACUCCUACUCAACCAGGAAUGAUGAGCUAUGAAAAUUUAACUCCUAGUCAACCAGGAGUGAGAAGCUAUGUAAAUUCAACUUUUGAUCAGCCAGGAAUGAACAACCAUGGAAGUUUGACUCCUGACCAACAGGGAAUGCGCAGCUACAGAAGUUUAACUUCUAAUCAACUAGGAGUGAACAUGAAUGGAAGUUUUUCUCAAACUCCUAAUCAACCAGGAAUGAGUAGCUAUGGAAUUUCAACUUCUAAUCAACCAAGAAUGAACAACCAUGGAAGUUUGACUCUUGACCAACAGGUAAUGAGUAGCAACGGAAGUUUAACUUCUAAUCAACUAGGAAUGAGCAGCCAUGGAAGUUUAUAUCCAAAUCAACCAGGUCUGAACAGUUAUGGAAGUGUAACUUAUAAUGCAAGAGUAAACAUCCAUGAAAGUUUAACACCUAAUCAACCAGGACCUAGCAACUUCUCGUAUGGGAUGCAAAUGUUCUUAAACAACGAGAACACUACAUAUAAGCCUCAGGCACAUGACAAUGCAACUACACAGCCAAAUCUUGAAAUUCCUACACUGGAGAAUCUCAGCUUGUGUGAUGAGCUUCUGUGCGAGAUAAGUAACUUCCAGAUCGACCACAACAAGCAACAAGAAGAAGCAGUUUCUACCAACAAAUUUGAGCUCCCUGCAAAUUUUGAGACUGAACUGAAUCAGUUUUUUUCUCUUGAGGAAAAUGGUGACGGGAACUUUGUGAACAUAAAUCAGGGACGUUCUGAUGGAGAAACAUCAAACAUUGUUGCUGCCCCGGAGACGAAUUAUCCAGUUUUCAACAUGAACCCUAAUCAUGAGCAGGAACAAGGUGUUCCAGGAUUUGUCGAUUGGUCGUCACUGGAUCCGAAGGAUUUUGCUAAUGAGUACGAUUUCGUGGACUCGCUGUUAACCAAUGACAUGAAUUAGCAAAGGUUUCGAUCCAAGAUGGUCUCAAAGCGAGGUGGAGAAAUAAAACCAGCAAUGCAUAGUAGGUUCUAAGCAAAUAUAUGUAAAAGAAUGAGAAUAUUAUAGAAGUAUGGCUUUCGUUAUCUAUUAUUAUAUUUCUAAGUGGUGGAUAUUUUGAUAUGUCUGAGAACUUUCAAUUCAUAUAGUAAUUAUAUUGUUAGAGAUCUUAUGUGUUUAUCUUAUAAAAUAUUAUAUAUAUAUAUAUAACUAUUUUAAGUUGAAUAUUCCCUUCCGCUCUCGAAAUCAAUUUAUUUCCUAUCUUUCGGUUCCAAAUUCCAAUAGAUAUAUAACGCUUUAUAAUCAACAUAUGAUAUAUUCAUGAUCAUAAAACUAGGUUCUGAAUAGAUUAAGUUUUCUAUUGGUUUCUAUUGUAGCUUUAAGUUCUUAAAAAUAAACAUUGUAUCUUAAUUAAGUUUUUUAAUUUCUAAAAAGACAAAAACAUGUUUUUACUAAACUAUUUCAGUGGAAAUCUAAGACUUUCAUAGUUUACGAUCUUUCCAAAAAAAAAUUAUUUAAAAUUAAUUUUCCCACAAAUUACCAAUAUAUUUUGGUAAAAUCAGUUGAUGAUAUUUUGACUAUAUAGGCUUUAAAAUCUUCGAGAAAAGCAAUAUAUCUUAUGCCCAUUAAAAAACUUUAAAUUCUUUAGAAGUAUCAUAAAGAGAUAUAAUUACUAAUUUAAAUAUUUUAUAAGAUUUUAUACUAAAGAGAUAUAAUUACUUAUUUAAAUAUUUUAUAAGAUUUUAUACUAAAGAGAUAUAAUUACUAAUUUAAAUAUUUUAUAAGAUUUUAUACUAAAGAAACACAUUUAAAUUUGGUUUUAAAUUUUGUAUUAAUUAUUUUUAAAAUGGUGACGUAGCCCUAGGAGAUUUUUUUAAUCGUUUUUAGGCAUGCCUCAGGUCUAGAUGUCUACUGACGUAUUCCCCCAUUAAGAAAAAAAAAAGAUUUGUCAUUACAAUUAUUUUAGAAUCAUUCCUCUAACUAUUCUUCGUUUGUUUCUUGGACCAGCGAAUUGCAAAUUUUCUUAGGUCUUUAUUCUUUUCUACAUACAAGAAACUUAAAAUUUAAUAUUCUUUUUGAGGGUGCGAUCAUAUCCGCACUAAUGCACCAGAUCCCAUCAGAACUCCGCAGUUAAAAAAAAAGUGUUUCAAAAAAAAAAAAAAAUUAAUAUUCUUUUUGAUAUCUUUUACUGUAAUAGUAAAGAAAAAAAACAAAUCUCUAGGUAUAUUACAAUGAUGGGAUGAUGAUGAAGUUCUAUUUGUUGAAACUUCCCCUGUUUUCAACAUUAUUACUAUUUAUUAUGGGAAUGUAUUUUCUAUAACUGGCAUCAUUAUAGAUUGCUUUUAUCACAGUCGUGGCAUGUCACAUAUGAAACUUCAGGAGACACUCCGUUCAAAUUAAAAAUUCUGAAAUUAAAAUUUUAAGAAUAUGUUAUUAAAAAUUUACAUUGAAAAAAUAUUAAGACCUUAAUAUUUUAAUUUUAGAAUUUACAUUAUUUUUUUUUAAAUAAUUAUAAUUACUAAACUAUUAAAAACUUCUAAUUGAAAAAUUUGUGAUUAAUAGUGUAAAUUUUUUUGUUACAUAAAAUAUACAAAUAUUAAUAAAAUCAUAUGAAUAGAAGAUUUUAAUUAAAAAUAUUUAUAUUAAAAUAUACUAAAUAUCUGUAUCAAGUAUCAUUUGAAUUUAAUUAUAUAACAUAUAUACAAAUAAAAUUAUUGUUUUGAUUUAUGUAACAAUAAAAAUUUAUUGUAAAUAAACAAUAAUGAUUGUUUUGAUUUAUGUUCUUACUCAGUUAUAUGCAUAAUAGUUACUCGAUUCUUAAUUAUUUAAUAUAUUUAAUAUUUUAUAAUAUGUGAAAAACACAAUAUCUAAAAGACAGAUCUUAACCUAGUUUAAUAUAUAUUAUGAUAUUUAAAAUAUUUUGUUUGAUGUCCAAAAGAAAAAAUGUCAAAAAAAAAUAUUUUGUUUUAUUUUUGUAUGGAGCCUCCAAAGAAAAAGAAUAUAUGGAGCCUCCCACUUGUCUCUGCUUCUUUUUAAAUACUUGUCCGAAAGAAAAAAAAUCCUCAACCGGAGAAAAUUCCGACAAAAGUUUAGCAAAAGCAACGGUGAUUCUCCGGCGAUGAAGUAACUAUGGGUUUCUUCAGACGUCUUUUCGGGAGCAAGAAGCAGGAGAAAACAACACA